AAAAUUCUGAAAUGACAGAACAACCACCCUCCACUCCGAAUGAGAGGAUAAUUGAAAGCUUAUUAGGGCCUACUGAUCAGGACUUUGAUGAAGAUAACGAAGAUAAUUUAUUUGGAGACGACGAUUGGGAAAUCUCAUUUGAUGAAGUAGAUGACCAUAUUUCCGAAUUCCAGGAAGAUGAAUUUGUGCGCGAAGCAUUUGCUAAGGGAAUGGAUCUGCGAGAAUAUGCACGAAAUAUAGAAAAAGAAUUGAGUGUAAUCGAACGGGAACAUGAAAUAGAUUGUGGCCUAUUUGGAUCCGGUAAAAUUGCUUUACAAGACAAGACAAGCAUGUUUGCAUUAGGUGAUAGAAUUGACACACUUCGUAAUCAAGAUGCUGGUGUAAUCUUGGUUCAUGUUGCUGAAAAUAAGAAUCAGAAUUCUACAAAACAAUAUGUUGAAACCACUUACGAUGCCAUCGGCAUACUUCUCUGUAUUCGACUCAACACACAAUUUGCAUUGGAAUUACAGAGAAGACGUGUUCCUGCACUUGAAGGAUACACCAAUCAAACAAAUAUGUUAUUAUGGCCUAGAUUUCAAGCCAUCAUGGACAUGCAAAUUGAAAGUCUAAGAAAGGCUACAAACAAAUUAAUAGUUAAGGAUGUCCAUCCACAUCAUGUGACACGUCGAUAUGGUGAAUUUUCAGCCUCUAUAUUAAUACUUAAUGAAGAUUAUAAUGAUCCAAUUUUGUCGAAUAAUCUGUUGAGAUUACGGAAUGAAUUGGAGCAAUUUCUUGAAAAAAUGUCAAAAACUUUUGAUGAAUAUAAAAGUAGUUUGAUAUUUCUUAUUAAUAAUUAUGAUUUGAUAAUUACAAUUUUGGGAGUAAGUGCUGUUGAAGCCGAAGUUAAUCAUUUUAGAGAGCUUUUAAACGGUCAAAUAUCAGGAUUUGUGGAAGAGGAAUUGCAACCUUAUUUUGGCAGUUUAAUAUCUUUCAUUAAGCAGGUAGAUCAGGGAAAAGAUAUUACUGCCAUUGAUUCAGGUGUUUUUGAUCAGAUUUCUUCAGAUUUUGCCGCGACUUGGCGCCAAUCCAUAACUUCUAUUAACACAUCAGUGAUUCAACAUUUUUCGAAUUUUAAGAAUGGUACAUCCAUAUUGCAUGCAGUUUUAGGACAAUUGAUAAUUUAUUAUACAAAGUUCUGUAACAUACUUGAAGAAAGAAUGAAUGAUGGCAGUGUAAGGAUCAAGCAUCAACCUGUUGGUGUACAGAGUGUUAUGGUAGAAAUAAAAAAGUUUCGAAGUAAUUUUUAA